AUGACUGUUAAGACUAACCCAGUACUUAUUUCUUCCAAAGAAGAUGCCCAGCAUAUUUUAUCAAAAUACGAUAAUUUUUUAUUCGAUAUCGAUGGAGUGAUUUGGUUAGGUGGAGAAUUGAUCCCAGGGGUUCAAAAAUUCCUUGAUUAUCUUAGAGCUAACAAUAAAAAAUUUUCAUUUGUCACAAAUAGUGCUUCUAAUUCACGUAACAAAUUUGUUACAAAAUUUAAUGAAUUGGGUCUUUCUGAUAUAUCUAAAAACAUUAUCUAUCCAACAUGUUAUUCUGCAAGUUUAGAAUUGAAGAACUUGGGGAUUCCAACUGGUUCCAAGAUUUGGAUCUUGGGAGAUGAAGGAGUCGAACAGGAAGUUAAAGAAAUGGGGUAUAUUCCACUAGGGUGCAAUGAUCCAUUAUUAGAUAAGGAAUGGGAUCCAAAUAAUCCAAUUUUACAAGUGGAUCCAGAUGUGAAAGCUGUCAUUGUUGGAUCCACCAAAAAGUUCAAUUAUACACGUAUUGCUCUGACUUUGCAAUACUUGUUAUUCAACGAUAAAUCGUUACCUUUCAUUGGUACAAACAUUGAUAAGCUAUAUCCUGGUCCAAAUGGAAUGAUUUUGGCUGCAGGGGGAAGUAUGGUUGAAUAUAUGGCAUUUACAUCUAGUAGAACGUUUAUUGAUGUUGGUAAACCAGGUAAGCAAUUGUUGAACUUGAUAUUAAAAGACCAGGGAUUUGACAAGUCUAGAACUUUAAUGAUUGGUGAUACAUUAUACACAGAUAUCCCAUUUGGUAAUCAAUUACAUAGUACUGAUGAUGCAUCGAUUGGUAAUUCUAUGUUGGUCUUAUCUGGUGGUACAAAAAUGAAAGAUUUGGAACAUUUAUUAAAUAAUCGUCAUGAUUAUGACGAUCCUGAAUCUAUGAUUCCUCUGUAUUUCAUAGAAUCAUUGGGUGCUCUUAUAGAUUUAUUAGAUUGA